AUGUCCAUUUAUAUUAAAACUAAAAAAUAGAAAAUCAAAUAUAUUUAUUAAAUAUCCAAGAUUCACUAUAUAAUUUAUUAUUCAAGACCUUUAAGGAUAAACAAUAGACCCUCAAAUAAAUAAUAAUCUACAAUAAUCAUAAAAUAUAAUCAUCGAAAUUAUCGAAGCGAUUAUAAAAUUAAAUAAUAAAUAAUUUGA